CACCUCUCAGGCCGCGGGCUUCUUUACUAACUAACUAACCAGUAGUAGGCUUUGCAUUGGAGAACAAACAAAUUGUUUUAGAAACUGCUAGACGAUUUUAACGAUAUGAAAUGAUUGAACCAUGAUUUUAGUACAAAAUAGUGAAAUACCAUACCACUUACUUUUCCUCAUAUAACCUCCAAUACGAUUUUCACAGAGAAACCCGACCAACCAGUUGUCAUCCAAUGUCCACCCACGCUUAAGUUCUACCCCAUUGGGUUCCACUGUCAACCACAAUAUAUGCUGCUCUCGGGCCGCCAAUUUCCGGAAGCUUGCUUUUCAGAGUUUUACAGCACGAAUUAUACCGCAGAUCACAGCCAUAGCGAAGCUGAUCCGUUCUUUUUCUUCACCUCCUGCAGAAACCCAUGUUGGAGGCAUAACAGUUUUCACCUAACAUUUUUCACAUGCAUGCUAUAAUGGCAACGAAUGUCCAAUCUUUACUUUUGUGUGAAGAGUGCUCCCUGAAUCUGAUGCCUUCCCCUGAUUCCUCCUCCAGUCCCCUGUUUUCUUUCCCCACUCUGCUUUCUCUUCUGUUUUGCUUCAAUGGUGGGGUUUUCCAAUCUUCCAUAAACCUCUGCCAACCAUAAGUAUAAGUAAACAACCCCCUUCCUCUACCAUAUUCGCCAGCCAAUUAUCUUCUGAAUUGGGUUCCUUCCUCCAUUUGACUUUCCCAAAUCACCUCUGUUUUAUUUUAUCAAUGGCGAACCAGCAACCUGCUCGCCCCUGGUUUCGGGCAGCUUCUCUCGCUCGACCUGCCCAGCCACCGCCUCAGCCCACUGCUCCGGCGGCUGAGGUCACCGCUCCACCGCAGCCCCGUCCCUUCCGCACUCUAAGCACGGUGGCUCCUCCCGCUGCGAACCCACCUCCAGCAACCCGCCCGACUGGUCCGCCUGCAUUGCAGCCAACUGCGGCGGCAGCGCAAUCUGCAAGACCAACCAACGGCGGCGACUCUGUUCAGGCUUCCCCAGCUGUUCGCACCGAUGGCAUUGCUGCUUCUUCCCUCCCGUCCUCUCCCAAACCUGCAAUUACGCCCGCUCCUACUUCUUCUCUUCCAUCUUCCCCUGUCCGUAAACCGGCAGCUGUUUCCUCCUCUGUCCCUGGCUCUCCGGUUCAGGCCCGAAAGAUCUUUUCAGUCACUAAUUCUCCGGUGAGAAACCCUGUUCCAACCGUAUCUUCGGUUCCGAAUUCUCCCAAACUAGGACCGGCAGCGGCACCACCGGCGACCAAAUCUGUCCCGGAGCCGCCUCCGAGAUCCGUCAAUCCGGCGGCCGAAACCCCACCUCAAUCACCCAAGAGAAACCCCACUGCUCCACCUCCAUCGCCUCUGACCCUGCCGCCGUCUCAAUUGAAACCAGCACCCGAACCCCACUUUUCCCCCGAGGCAGAGCAGAAGACCGUGGUGCUCCAGAAGACGACGGAGAACCACUCUGCCACGAAGAAGUUCUGGUCCGGCUGGAGCGGAUCUGAGGGCGGCGCCGGGAAUCCUCUGAUGGGUCUUCGACCAAAGGAAGAGAACCAGAAGGCGAAGAAGAAUCCGUCCGAUUUCGAAGACAAGGGGACCAAGAUCAUCACCAUAGCCGGAGAAAACAGGGGAGCCCUGAUGGAACUGUUCCGUUCUCCCCGGAAAUCGGGGAAUCCGUUGUUUCCGGGGAACCCUCGUUACCUCCACAGGAGCCCCGGAACCAGCUCCGGCAGCAGCAGCGGGGAAGACGGAGAGGGGAAGAAGAACAAGGCCGGGAGGAGAGGCGGAUCGGGAACAGGGAAAGGAGCGAAGCCGAUGAGCGCAGUCAUGAACAGUAACGUCCAGGGGAUCAACAACUCGAUCAUGUUCAAUUCCUCCUGCAGCCACAACGAUCCAGGCGUCCACGUGUCGCUCUCCAGAAAUCCCUCCGACGGCGGCGGUGGAUUGCAUCACGGGAAGGACCACCGCAGCAAUGGAUAUGAAAGCUAGAAACAAAGCUGGGAUGUCAUUCUCUUCAUCUUCUUACUUCGCCCUUUCCUUUUCGUGUGUUUGAAUUCUCAGUAUUCCAUAAUAACCUACAAAUUGACGCGGGAAUAAACGGAAUUGGCCUUCUGCUGCGAUGUUCCAUUCCUUUCUUCGAUCAUUCGCUUUCUGUCUACAGCUUUACUUCAAAUGGAAAUGUAAUCGGCUGGUCCCGAACCCUAGUUUUUGCUUUGUUUUGCAUAAGUUUUGGUGUUCUGUAUCGCAAAUUGCAGCUAUGUUUCCUAGUGGACUAUAUUCUAUAGAUAAUUGAAAUGCUUAUUUUUAUAAGUUAAACGUGCAAUCAACAAAGAAAAAAUAUAAACGACACAAGAUUAU